UCUUGCCGUUCAACUCGAUCACUUAGCUCACUUCAGUCGUCAGCUCAUAAACCAAACAGAGAGGCUCAUCGGCUCGGAACAGAGAGGAGAGAUAGGCAAGUAAACGGAAGGAGGAUGCUUCUCAACCCGGCGUCGGAGGCGUUGGUGCUGGACAGCAUCCGGCAGCUCCUCCUGGAGGAGCCAGCGAUGGCGGAGGCGCGGCCGGCGUACCGGCGGAGUGCGAGCUUCGGGAGCCUGGUGGCAGACCAGUGGAGCGACUCGCUGCCGUUCCGCCCCGACGACUCCGACGACAUGGUCGUCUUGAGCGCACUGCGGGACGCGUUCGCCUACGGCUGGCUGCCCGACGGCUCCUUCGCCGCGGUCAAGCCCGAGCCGCCGCUGCCGCUGCCGUCCCCGGACUCGUCGUACUCGUACGACGGCUCGUGCUUCGGCCUCCCGAAGCCGGAGCCGCUGUCGCCGAGCGCCGAGGAGGCGACGCCGAAGAGGGACGAGGCAGCCGCGGUGGCGAGGGGGAAACACUACAGGGGCGUCAGGCAGCGGCCGUGGGGCAAGUUCGCGGCGGAGAUACGGGAUCCGGCCAAGAACGGCGCGCGCGUGUGGCUCGGCACGUACGACACCGCCGAGGAUGCCGCGCUGGCCUACGACCGCGCCGCCUACCGCAUGCGCGGCUCCCGCGCGCUCCUCAACUUCCCCCUCUGCAUCGGCUCGGAGAUCGCCGCCGCCACGGCCGCCGCCGCAGCCGCCGGUGACAAGCGGCCGUCGCCAGAGCCGGCGACCUCGUCCGACUCGUCCUUCUCCUCUUCCUCGUCCUACUCCUGCUCGUCGUCGGGCUCGCCGAAGAGGCGGAAGCGAGGCGAGGCCGCGGCCGCGACCAUGGCCAUGGCCCUGGUUCCCCCGCCUUCCCAGCUUAACCGGCCGGCCCAGUCAUGGUUCCCGGCCGCGCCGGCCGAGCAGGUGGCCAUGGCGCCACGCGUGGAGCAGCUUGUCAGCUAGGCGCCGAUCGAAGCUCAUGUCAGCGAUCGGGUGGAGGAGCCAAUGAGGCGUGCCACGAUGGAUUGACCAGCAAGUGCAAGAACCGGACAAGACCCGGUGUUGCACUUGCACGGGCACGGUGCACGACGGGCAACGAAUGCGACGGCGAGCGCACGGCCCAGUGAAAUCUCCACCGGAUGCAAUGCGAUAAGCUCGAAGCGAUUGGGUGGUGCGAUUGGAAUUGCGGUCCGGACGAGAUCUAGAUGGUGCUAGCUGUUGUUCGGUGCAACUUGCCCAAGUGGAAGAACCUGUAUGAUUAUCAAGUGUUUGUCUAGGAAUUUACGGUGCAUAAGGUUAUUGCAUUCAGUAUUUUUUUUU